AGAAUCCUGUAUAUAAACACUGAUCCAACUCUAUUCGCACAUCUACUCUGGAAGACUGAAGCUACUGGCUGAUACUGAAAAGAGUGAAGACGCUCUACAAAAGAGGUACCAUGAAGCUGUUGACUGUGUCUGCACUGCUUUGUGUGAUGAUGGCUUUGUGCAGUGUUGCUGCACAGAGGUGCAGGGGUUGUCCGCAUGGUUGGUCUCGGAUCCAUCGUCGCUGCUUUCUCUAUGUUCCAAGAGCCAUGAAUUGGGCUACAGCUGAGAGAAACUGCCUGUCCAUGGGAGCAAACCUUGCAUCUGUGCACACCAGCGCAGAGCACCAGCUGAUUCAGAGGCUGACUGCCCAUAAUGGCUACGGAGUAACUUGGGUUGGAGGAACUGAUGCAUCUGGG